GACCUGCCAAUACCCUGAACAUUCCACGCCACAACUUGGGCGCUGACAGGCAACAGACAACGCAGACACCUUGAGCUGUUUUUCGGCCUUGCGACUUGAUCGCUUGCAAUUCCACAUCGAUCUUCGACCUGCUACUACCGAGUUAGUGGACACCGCCGAAUCUACUUGAAUGCAAGACUUGGGAGGGAGACGGCGCAACACAUUGCCAAUAAUGGCCGAACCAGCACUAGCAGCACCUACAAGGGAUUUACCACCAAUUCCUCCUCCCCAUACCACCGACACGCACACCGAAUCCAACCCCACUCGCAGACCUCCAAUCCCGUCCUUUAGCAUCGACGAGCAUGCCGACACAGUAGCAGGAGGCCGCGAUUCGAGGCAAUCUGGAUCGUCUCUUACACCGAGCUCGAUUGGCCACUCAAGAACACCGUCGAGAGAGACACCAGACAUAGGAGGCAACAGAGACUCGGCAGCCUCGGCAGCUUCGGAAGCGGUGACAAGGGACAUACCGAUCCGGCAGCUACAUAUCAGCGAUGGUUCCUACGGCAGCCGGUAUUCCCAUGCUGCAGAGCUAGAAAUGGCGAGCAUACAAGACGAGCCUGACUCUGUCUACGCUCCUCGAGAUCAAUAUCAAGCUGGCCAUAAUUCGCAGCCGACGCCGCCACUGUCAACCUAUCCAGCUCGCGACCCAAUGCGCUCGCCGGUUCACUCCCCAGUCCAGUCUCCGGGCGCCGAUUCAAAUCAUUCGAAUGGUUUCGAUUUUGGCACAGGUUCACCCUUACAAGUACCCCGCACCACACAUGCACGACCCAGCUCAGCAUAUACCCUUGGCUCCGAGUUGAAUGUGCGAGGCCGUACACAUUCCACACACCUUUCGGUGGGUGGGCCUCCGUCGCCCAGUGGCUCUCCGGUCACCUAUCAGCGACAGGUCUCGGCGAACCGCCGGUCCCCAGACAUCAGGCCCGUAUCAUAUGUGGACUUGCUCAACUUGCCCUAUAACCAGCAGAUCGCCCCAGCUGCAAACAUAGGGAAUUCGCAGUUGCGUGGCGCAGUUGGACAAAAUGCUUCGCUACUCGAUACCAAGAAGACGCUGGAGAUGUACAGGGCAAAUGUCAAGAAGACACAGGAUAGUCCAGUCCAGUAUGAGUUCGCACUUUUCAUGGUACAGGUUGCCCGCGAGAUCACAGCUGCGGGUCCAACAAACGACAACCAUGGGCUGACUCCUGCGGAGAUGUUGAAGGAAGCACGACAGAUCUUACAGCGCUUAGCCGAUCGCAGCUACCCGUUUGCGCAGUAUUACCUUGCAGAUGGUUAUGCUUCGGGUUUGUUCAACAAGGACAAACCUGAUUACGACCGAGCGUUCCCACUGUUCGUCGCUGCGAGCAAACACGGUCAUGCGGAGUCAGGAUACCGCGCCGCCCUUUGCUAUGAAUUUGGCUGGGGAUGCCGUAAGGAUUACGCCAAAGCUGUACAAUUUUUUCGUGCUGCAGCGUCGAAGAAUCAUCCCGGAGCCGCUACGCGACUUGGUUCUGCAUGUCUAAGAGGUGACAUGGGUCUACAGGGCAAGUAUAGGGAAGGUGUCAAGUGGCUGAAGCGCGCCUCCGAGUCCGCCGAUUACCAGUACAACAAUGCCCCAUACGAGCUGGGUCUCUUGCACGAAACGGGAUACGGGGAUGACAUCUUCAAAGACGAGAUCUAUGCAGUCCAGCUGUUCACUCAGGCCGCAGAACUGGGACAUCCAUCUGCCGCCCUGAAGCUGGGCGAGGCUUACGAGCAUGGAUUACUAUGCUGCCCCAAAGAUGCUGCUCUUUCGGUUCAUUACUACAACUGUGCCGCUCAAGCCGACAUACCCGAAGCAAUGAUGAACCUUUGUGCAUGGUAUAUGGUUGGUGCCGAGCCAGUGUUGGAGAAGGACGAAAACGAGGCAUAUGAAUGGGCCAAGAAAGCUGCAAGGCAUGGUCUUCCCAAAGCUGAGUACGCCUGCGGCUACUUCACAGAGAUGGGCAUCGGUUGCAGACGUGAUCCGCUAGAAGCGAACGUCUGGUACGUUAAGGCUGCAGAUCACGGGGACGAAAGAGCAAAGCAGCGUCUUGCCAUUAUUCAGGCUGCUGCAUCGGGGCAAACGCAUACGCCAACAGGCAAUGAUAAAGGCAAACUCAAGAAAGGUGGGAAAGAAGGCAAAGACGAGAACUGCACAGUUAUGUGAAGUUUCGGUCUUGAAGAUAUUAGGGUAUGCGGCUCCUCCUUGAGCGCUACAAAUCCAUGGAAGAAGGAAAUUGCCCGGAGAAUUGGGUCACAACUAUAGCGUGGCGGAUUUGCAUAGUAUGGUUGCAUAGAGUGCUUGGGUUUGAGCGUUAACAUUUCUUCAUGUUUUUGGCAUUUGUGUUGCGUUUUAUACCAAAAUUCGAGAGGAGUAAUGAACGCAUGUAGACAGGUAGAUAAGGGAAACGGAU